GGCCAGAUGCAGCGCUGGGAAUAGCAAAAACAGGACUCAAGUUUUUCGAACGUGAAAGAUGUCGACCCGCCGAGUAAGGCCCCGUCAUGAACCGCAUCCACCAUGUACUUCGGAUUUACAGUGCCCCAUAACACUUAACAGUGUAGAGGCUGUUAUCGCAGGUCUCAAGGACCCAAAGGGAGCAUCAGCCAUCGCUAUCCAGAGAAGUAUCCAGGCUGUACACCCUGAGAUGGAGGUAGACCGGUGUAAGGCACUGCUGAAGGCCGUGUUGCUGGAAGGGUUGGACAGCGGACGGCUGCGUCGACCGCCUGGCUCGAAAGUUGGCCGCGGCCUGGUCGGACGAUUUCUGCUCAAAGCAACCGACGGAACGUCCGCGGAAACGUUGACCGCUCUACCAGAGUCUCACGACGGAAAGUCCGCGGAAACGUUGGUGGCUGUACCAGAGUCUCACGACGGAACAUCUGCGGAAACGUUGGUGGCUGUACCAGAGUCUCACGACGGAACAUCUGCGGAAACGUUGGUGGCUGUACCAGAGUCUCACGACGGAACGUCCGCGGAAACGUUGGUGGCUGUACCAGAGUCUCACGACGGAACGUCCGCGGAAACGUUGGUGGCUGUACCAGAGUCUCACGACGGAACGUCCGCGGAAACGUUGGUGGCUGUACCAGAGUCUCACGACGGAACGUCCGCGGGAAAGUUACCCGCUCUACCGGAGACUCAGGACGGAACGUCUGCGGAUCCAGAGAAGUCGACCGCUCUACCGGAGAAACACGAUGAUGAGGAAAACGCAACACAGCUGCAAGAGGAGGAGGAGGACCCACUAGUGGCGCCGGGAGAUCUGACGUUUGAGCUGGAAGAGCCGUGCACCCCGGCCGCCUAUAUACAGCGGGUACGGGAGGAGAGGGACAGGCUGGUGGGACAGUGUCAGGAGGCAGAGGGCUACCUGAACUACUGGAACCUCCCUGCACAUGUUCUUGAUCAAGUCCGCAUCGCGGUUGGCAGGUCAAGGCUGAUCACAAGUAACGCGAGAUCCCCGCUGGCCAGGUUUGAAGAACUGUGCCGAGAAGCCAUGAUACUAGGGGGCGACAACCCGUACAAAGCAAGCAUGAACGACCUGGAUGCGUAUUGGGAGGUUGUCGAGCUGGAGGUCCAGAAGAUUGACAAACUGCUACACGACGUGCACUUGGUGGUGAAGAAUGCAGUAUAGUUCUUUAUUUGUUGUUUGUGUGAAAGAUUAUUCGUAAAUACCCAAGUAAAAGUCACUUGUACAGUUGUUCCAAUAUGUGGUUUGCAAGCACCUACUGUUACAGUAUGACAACGAUGUUUUUGAUUACGAUGAAAAUGUUUAACUAAAACCAAACUACGUGAGAACAUCAUGAGAAAAAUACUGUAACAGUUGUAAAUUGUGUGUGUGGUGGGGG